AUGUUUGGAGUCACAUUGACGGUCACUUUGUACAGCUUGAUCUUCAUUUUAAGCGUGGUUGGAAACAGUUUGGUUUUGUGGAUCAUGUUGAGGUACGAGAAGCUGAAAACCAUAACGGACAUAUUCAUUGUGAAUCUGGCCAUUUCGGAUUUGCUUUUUGCCGCCUCGCUCCCGUUUUGGGCAAAGGAUCACGUAUCUGGAUGGGUCUUUGGGAACGUCAUGUGCAAAUUAUUGAGCGGUGUUUUCUUCGUUGGCUAUUACAACGGGAUCAUGUUUCUGACACUGAUGACGGCUGAUCGAUACUUUGCUGUGGUCCACGCUGUUUACGCUGCAAGGAGUAGAAAAACCUGCUACGCAGUCACAGCAAGCCUGGUCGUUUGGGCAAUUAGUUUAUCAGCCUCAGUGCCUGAAUUCAUUUACUCCACUGAAAUUACAUGGGUUCAAACAAAGUUUUGUGAGGCUAACUAUCCAGAAGAUAGUGAACACAUCUGGUUACUGUUCGGGUAUUAUCAGCAAAUUAUAUUGUUCUUCUUAAUUCCAUUAGUUGUCAUUGUGUAUUGCUGUUAUAAAAUCAUGAACACUGUGCUGAGGUGUAAAGCAAGGAAGAAGUACAAAGCAGUGAAGGUUAUCUUGUGUAUUGUGAUUUUCUUCCUGUGUUGGGCACCAUACAAUAUGGUGAUUUUCCUGGUCUCUCUGAAACAACUUGAUGUGUCGCUAUUCACAACCUGUGAGACAAGCAAACACAUUGACUACGCGUAUUUCAUCAGUCGUAACGUUGCUUAUUUUCACUGCUGUCUAAACCCCGUGUUUUACGCUUUUGUGCAUACAAAACUUAAAAUGUAUUUAGCACAAUGUCUGGGAAAAUGUAUUAAAUUCAGCAAACAAGUUCCCAGAUGUAAAACUGCCAACUGCAGCGGCUCUCAAAGCUGGUUCGAUGGUGAGUUAGUGGUUUCUAGAAAGGUAAUCAAGUGA